CAAUUAAAUCGUUAAAUUUGAAUGUCUUGAAUCUGUGGAAAACCCAAUUAAGUUUUUCAUCUAACUAACCGAUUUGUGGUUCUUGACCAUGAAAUAUAUCUCGAGUUUACUGAAAAAUUGAUAAUUUGGUUUUCAGAAAGAGGAUUGAUUGGAAGUGGGCAUUUGUUGUGGUAUUUCUAGAAAACUACUUUUUUAUAAGGAUUGUUUGAUAUAAAGUCAAAAUGGAGAUCGAUAAAGCUAUAAGAGAAAGUGAUGACAUAAGGUUGAAGACAAAGUACAACAAUGCCGUCUACGUAAUCCAAAGAGCUCUUGCUCUUUACUCUGUUGAAGAGGUCGCCUUCAGCUUUAAUGGUGGAAAAGAUUCAACUGUUUUGUUGCACCUUCUUAGGGCAGGCCAUUAUUUGCAUGAGGUUGGAAAGAAUCUGUCAGGCGAUGAUGCUGAAAUAACAUUUCCAAUACGGACCAUUUAUUUCGAGAGUUCUUCAGUUUUCCCUGAAAUCAACUCAUUCACUUAUGACACAGCAUCUAUCUAUAAAUUGCAGAUGGACAUCAUUCGCCUAGAUUUCAAGUCUGGCUUGGAGGCCCUUUUAAAAGCACAUCCUAUUAGAGCUAUUUUUCUCGGUGUUCGAAUUGGUGAUCCAACUGCUGUUGGGCAAGAGCAGUUCUCACCGAGUUCACCUGGAUGGCCAGCUUUCAUGAGAGUGAAUCCCAUCUUGGAUUGGUCAUACAGAGAUGUUUGGGCCUUUCUCUUGACUUGCAAGGUUCCAUACUGCAGCCUUUAUGAUCAAGGUUACACUUCAAUUGGUAGCAUUCACGAUACAGUUCCUAAUGCACUAUUGUGCCGUAGCAAGACAAACGGCACUGAACAGAAUUACAAACCUGCAUAUCUGCUUCCGGACGGAAGAUUGGAAAGAGCAGGAAGAGUCAAAAAGGGCACAUCUCAGCCAUCACUUGCUACUAGCAAUGGCUUUAAGCAGGAUGACUCACAUUUGAAAAGAAAUUUUACGGCCUCGAUCAUUACUGUGGGAGACGAAAUUCUGUUCGGCACUGUCGAGGAUCGGAUGAUGCCCAUACUGUGUAGAAAGCUCCACUCUGUGGGGUGGGCUGUUUCACAUAUUGCUGUUAGCCGAAAUGAUAUUGACUCUGUAGCAGAUGAAGUCGAGCGACUAAAGUCCACUUGUGAUAUGGUUUUCAUAUAUGGAGGGGUCGGCCCACUGCCCUCAGAUCUCACUGUAGCUGGUGUUGCUAAAGCUUUUGGCGUUCGAAUGGCCCCUGACGAAGAAUUUGAAGAAUAUUUGAGGCAUAUACUAGGUGAAAGGUGCACAGGAGAUAGGAAUGAGAUGGCACAGUUGCCCGAAGGCAUCACGGAGCUGCUGCAUCAUGAGAAACUGAGAGUUCCUUUGAUCAAGUGCCAAAAUGUCAUCAUUCUUACUGCAACAAAUGCUUCUGAGCUGGAAAAGGAGUGGGAUUGCUUGAUUGAUCUGAUGCCAUCCAACGGACUUCUAGCAAUCUCCGAACCAUUUAUUUCAAAGAGACUGGCAACAACACUUUCUGAUGUUGAUGCAGCUCAGCCUCUGUCUGAAAUGUGUUGUAAAUUCCCUGAUCUCUACAUUGGGGCGUAUCGUGAAUCAAGAGGAGGCUCUUUGAUCAUAACAGUAAAAGGCAAGGAUAAAUCAAGAAUUUCAACAGCUGCCGAUGCAUUAUGCAACAAGUUUGGUUGUAAGGAAAUUGAGUGACUACCUAAAGUUAUUACACUUUGCUCCCUUGGAAUUUUAUCAAAAUCCCACAUUUCACAUUUGCUGGAUGUACUAUGUUGAGCUUGGCAACUAAGGAUUUACUUUUCAUAUCUAAUACUUGGACUACCGUAUACAGUUGCCGUAUGAACACCCAUACUUAUUGUAAUUUAAUCAACCUUUUUACAUCUCUAAUCAAAGCCCAAUUCCAUGUA